GUGCAGAUAAUGAUAGGAUCCAUGCUGGUCUUCUUUAUUGGAGGAUGGGUAUGGUUUGUAAAAAAGAUAUUCCGUGACUAUGAAGUCCAUAACACAAUGGUUCAGCUAUUUUUCCCAAUGAUUUUUAUGCUGUCAUGCACGAUGUUUGAACUUAUUAUCUUUGAAAUUGCAGCUGUUCUUGAGUCAGGAUCUAGAUACCUUUACUGGCAAGUGGUCUUGUACUCCAUGCUGAUCAUGCUCAUCCUUGUCAUACCAUUCUACUUAUGUCACUUUGCUGUUUCAAAUAUCAGAAUGGUUCGUCGAGAGUGGGUAGGUGUGCUGUCAGUGUUCACGUGGGGAGUGUUUAUGGUCUGCUUUUGGAAGAUUGGUGACCCGUUCCCCAUCCUUAGCACGCAACAUGGUAUUCUCUCCAUAGAACAGAGCAUCAGUAGGAUUGGAGUUAUUGGAGUGACAGUAAUGGCUGCCUUAUCAGGAUUUGGCGCUGUCAACUAUCCUUAUACUUCCAUGAACAUCUUCAUGCGCCCGGUUACCAAGUAUGAUAUACAGGCACAGGAAAGGCGCUUAUUGCAGACCAUCGACGUUAUUGUUAGCAAGAAAAAGAGAAUAGCGCUAGCAGAAAGAGAAAGACAGACAUCAAAGGUGGAAGUUGAUAGCGGGGCACGUUCAAGGAUUUGGGGCUUGUUGCGCAGUGUCACCACCAGUAGUCCAGAAGGGGAGAGCAUUGCAGCACUGAAACAGGAGGUUGCAGCCUUGGAGGAACUGUCUCGACAACUUUUUCUGGAGACUGUUGAACUACAGGGCCAACGGGAGAGAUUAGAGUGGGCCAGCACAUUCCAGGGACGCUUUUUCAACUUUAUGGGUUAUUUUUUCUCGUUGUAUUGUUCGUGGAAAAUUUUUAUUUCUCUUGUAAAUAUAGUGUUCGAUCGUGUUGGGAGAAAAGAUCCUGUGACCAAAGGCAUGGAGAUUGCCGUGCACUGGUUAGGGUUUGAUAUUGAUGUGCAGUUUUGGUCGCAGCACAUUUCCUUUUUCCUCGUUGGGUGCAUCAUCGUUACUUCCAUUCGAGGAUUUAUUCUAACUCUUACUAGGUUCUUCUAUGCUGUUUCUAGCAGUAAAUCUUCAAACAUUAUUGUGCUUGUGUUAGCUCAGCUUAUGGUGAGUUAUAAUGAACCAUAUAUUUUGUUUAUAGAAUUUUUAAAUAAAUGUGUAAAUCUGUGGAUGGAUAAGUCUAGGUGUGAACUUUUUUUUUUCUAUUUCGUAUCCUGACUUAUUUCAGUAGUUUAGUUUUAAAAUC